CUUUGAUCGAGGCUGUCUCUUACCUAGCUACUAUGACCACACCUUUGCCCCAGCUAUACGCCCGAGUACUCACCACGGCAUCCGAUGCCUACGACCUUCCCACCAUUGAAGACUCAACACAGGAUAUCGUCAAGUCAUGCAUAGAGGAUCUCCGCGAAAUUCAAGCUCGAAUAGCCGACCUCGCCCUUUUCAGCAGCAACGAAACACUUGAGGACAUCUCCACGCAGAAUCUGAUCUACCUCACCGUGCCCUACGUGUGUGCGGAAGUACAGGGUCGCGUACGGACGACGGAGCGGGAAGAUCGGUUUGUUUCCAUUAUCCAAGCUCAAAGUCACUAUGAAACGUACUGCUCAAGCUUGGAGAAUUACGGAAUAGUUACAGAAGGAGACUCGAAGCUGUUUUCACGUAACAGCGCCAACGCUGCAAGCAAGCGAGAGCAGAAGAUACAGCAGUACCGCCAUGAGAAGGAUUUGCGUACAAGAAUAGAGGUGUCAUUCGCAAACGCAGAAGGCAGCGGCCCACUGAAGAAUCAGCGUCUGGCACCACCGAUUUUAUCCUCAUCAAUUUCCCUCAUGCCUUCUGCAACUACCUCUGGAGACGAUGAUGAAGAUGACGAAGUGCUGCGAGAAACAACCCUUCUGCUCUUACGUCUUUUCUUCUCUCUUUCCAAGACUCAGCUCGCCCAUAUCGAUACAGAACUGCAGCUUUUGAAGACAGCACCUCCACCACUUCCAUACUCACCAAGGCCCAACGAUAGCGAUUCAAGGAAUAAAGAGAAGGAGAGGCAGGACGAGGACAUGUGGAAGUUGGAUGCCCCGAAACCUAAUCCGAGUGGCGGACCGUUGCUGGAUCCUACAGGAAAGCCUCUUCGACCAUUCACCAUUCUCCCUUCCGGCGCGUCUGAUCGUGCUCGCCAUCAGGCACAAGUUUUCGGACCGGGAUACAACUUGCCGACAAUGACUAUCGACCAGUAUCUUGAGGUAGAGAGACAGCGAGGUAAUAUCCUUUCUGGAGGAGGACCUGGCUCGGAAAAUACACCAACAUCAUCCGAGCAACUAACAAUGGAUUCCGAAAUGGAUGGCAUGGUUGAAGGAGAAGCAAAAGCAGAAGAGAAGAGGCUUAAAGAUGAGAAUUGGGCUAGGUUCACUGAUGAGAACCCGAGAGGUGCCGGGAACACAAUGAAUCGAGGAUGA